GAUAGACUGCAUCCAGUUUGCUGAGUAGAGUGUUGGAAGCCAUUUUGUAGAUGACAUCGCCGAAGUCGAGGAUCGGUAGGAUAGUCUUAAAUCUAUCUUAAAUCUAAAAUACUGGAGUAUAGAGCCAUACAUAUUUUUUGGGCUUCACUGUCCAAAUGCAUAUGGAGGGGAGUGUAUGACCGAUAAAUGAUUCUGAUUGUUCAGAUACCCUUACCCCUGCAACAUUAGCUCACACUUGCUGUAUGAGACUGUUGUUUAGGUUUCUGCUCUCUGUGGUUUUGCUGUGCACAAGCUCCACAUUUACGUCUCUAUUCAAACAAUCCUCUGACUCAGUCACACACCUUACUGUGAAGUCAGACUAACAGUAUGUAGCUGACUGACAAAUGGCAUUGUUCAUCCCUGAUAUGGCUGGUCAUCUGUUCUUGGUCAUCCUCCUUUUUGGUGAGUUAUUUCUACAUUUCUACAGUUUCAUCAUCUGUUUGUGCUACAGGAUAUUCCUCUUCUUCUCUCCCCUCUUUUUGUCUUUUAAUUGAGGAACUCUUGAUAUUUCUGAAUCUCAUGGCUAUGAUGAGUGUCUUGUAUCUUAUUCCAUUAAUCAUCUUAUUUAUUUCUCUCUAUCAUUAUUUUACAAUUUGUUGAGUUAAGAAUGACCACUGCUUGAUCCCCAUUAAUGCAUUACAGUAGAUUACGCUACUUUACCAACUUGUGUGAAGUGUUCAGGUGUCUCCUGUUAAAACAUACUUUUUGAAUGGCAGAUGAUGAUAAUCUAUUUUAUAAUUUCUAGAUACGUUCCAAUCCAUGAAAGCCCAAGGUCAGUAUCAUUAUUAUGAGUUUUUAGUUACCCAGUAAAAAUAUAAUAAUAAUCAUGGUAUGAGAUGUUUUUUCACAGUAGAGACUCACUAUCCAUCGAUGCACAGUCAUCCUGCGCCUAUCACUAUUCUUGGUAAAAUAGUAUUAUUAUUAUGAAUACACUGAUCUGAUUGGCUCACUGUAAUCAGAUUGGAAUAUGUAAUGUCAUGCUAACAUAUACAGACUAUUUAGUUCUUACUCUUUUCGUUAUCUGGUACAGAAAGAGGUGUGUAUUCUCAUUAACCUACAGUAUGGACAGUUAUUGAUGUGUUCUCCUCACAGGUAAAAUGCAGAAACCAGACAUUAGUGUCAAUGACGAAUCAUCUCAUGACAUCACUAUUGCCUGUGUACUUCCUGAGUCUGUCAGUGAUGGUCAUAGCUGUAACCUGUACACUGGAGACCAGCCUCAGGCCUACAAAGAGGCUUGGGCAUCUGCAGUUGGAGAGAGAUGUGAGCUGUGACUAUAGAGUGAACACAGGAUCACACUCUCUGUCUCCCCGCAGUAAUAAAUACAUAAUUACAGGUCAGAAACCAAAUAUUACAGUCAGUCUGAAAGGGAACCUCAUCAUCACCUGUUUAAUUCCUGGCUCUGUCAGUAAUGACACCACCUGUAACCUGUAUGUUGGAGAGAAGAGUAAGUGUCUCAUAAGAGCACACAUCAGGAAGAAGAAACACACAGAUUCCAAAUGCUGGUUCUGUCAAUUCUCUGUGGAUGAGAAAAAUCUUAUCAGAAGUCUACAGUCAGUGAGCCAUAAGGAGGUGAGCUGUGACUACAGAGUGAGCUCAGGACCAAACUCUCUCUCACCACGCAGUGAUGGGUACAGCUUUGCAGUGGUUUUAACUCCAGGUCCUAGAUCUACUUUGCCUCCCAGCACGACAGUGAGUCCUACAGAAGUUUCGACUGUUACUUCUACUUCGACCCGAGACACCACAGUGACACCAACUACCAGUUUGACCUCUCCUUUGACCCCCAGCACGGCAGUGAAUCCUACAUCAGUGGUGCAACUAUGGCAGGCAGCAGUGUGUAUGGCUUCUGGAGUGGGUGUGUUCUGGAUGGGAUUGACAGCUGUCUGUCUCUGCAGGAGGACCAAGAAAACCAGUUCUCAGAGACCUACAGCCAGACAGGAUGAUCACAGACAAUAUGAUUUGGUGAUGGGAGCUAUGAGUAGUGCAGGCAUGUUGGAUUCAAGGGAUGCUGGGAUCUAUUCUCUCAUCACCUUUGUACCGUCCACGUUUUUGCACUCAGAGAAUGCAGGGAUCUACAUCCUGAUCACUUCUGUACCAUCCACAUCUGUACCACCAGGUCCUUUUGAAGAAAAUGGAAAGUCAUCUGAAAACGACAAUUCUGAUACGUACCACAUAUACAGCUCAAUCCCCGACAGACCAGCAACCUCAGCCCAGCCGGAUGGGUUUUACAGGCUUCUACAGACACACUGAAACUACACCACUGGCUCUCUGUGUGUCUCACAGAAAUACUGUUUCUUUCAGGAUGUCCUUUAUUUAUCACACAUCAUGUUACUUUAAAUAAGUAGCUAAAACAUCUACUACAGUACCGUUUCUAUUUAUAAGCGACAUACAGUAAGCAGCCGCUAGAGGCCCCUCCCCCCUCCAAAAACAACCGUAGGAUAGUAGAAUACACAACGUGCAGUUUCGAAAUGUGGUUCUACAUCAGAAGUUUUUCUCUUGUUAUUUCAGUCACUGACAGUCACUCAGUUAUCCCAUGUCAGCUAAGAUUUUAUAGAUUGCUAGGCAAGUUAGUCUAGCCAGCUAUCUAAGUCUUGUCGUAAUGGCCAAAUUACUGCCCAGGGGCCCUGACUUCUAGGGGGCCCCCAAUGAUUGUGUUAGUCACUCACACUCAGAUAUCAAAUGAACAUGGCAUAAGUCAUGGCAAAAUGUGUAGAAUUGCAGGAUAUUAGCUUUAAACUGAAUUUUAUUAUUUCAACGACAAUGGCACAACGUGUUGAAUUUCAGGAAAUUUGCUUAAUAACUGCAAAGUUCUCUCCGCCCCAUGGCAGAAUGAGUAGAAUUGCAGGACAUUAAGUUCUCUCCGCCCCAUGGCAAAAUGAGUAGAAUUGCAGGACAUUAACUUUAAAGCUCCAAAUGUUUCUCUUUGCCGCCAUGAGCGGGGCCAUUAAAAUGUUUUGUCGGUGAGGUGGGCAAAUCUCGUUUAGGGUCCCCAAAAUGCUUGGAACUGCCGUAAUUUACUGUAUCACACAUUGACACCUGGCCUGGAGUUUGGAGGGGUCCGGGGCAUACUCCCCUUUAAAUAUUUUUCAGUAAAUGCCCAAGUAAAUAUAUAUUGUAUUUAUAUCUAUUCUGUCAUCUGUGUGAUAUCUCCUUCCAUAAAACAGUUUGAUACAGUUUACUAAAUAAAAUAUAUUUUGAUCAAAAUCGAUAGUUACAGACAAUUAAAAAUCAAGAAAUAUAUAACAUAUUCACACAUAAUGCAAAAAACAGGUAAAUAGGCAAUUAAGAUUAAUUAAUUAAAAUGAAGUCAUUAAGAUCCAAAGUGGUAUUGCUAAGACAUUUUUCUUGGUGAAAUUCAUCGUGUGUUGAAAUAUGCUUAUAAUAUAAACCAGAUGCACCCAAAAAAUCUGGGGGAAAUGUCUCAUGUUAUUUGAAAUUUUUUUGCAGCAAAGGUUAGCAAAUCCCAAAAGCCUGAUCUUAUAGCAAAAGUAUUGAUAUUGCCCACAUACGUUGUUACAAGCUACAAAAUAUAACAUUUCGUUUAAAAAAAAUGUUUACAUUGUUGGCAACAUCAGAUCAUCAAAACUGAAAAAUAUAGAUUUCCAAAUGUUAUUCAAAUCUCAACAUUUCUCCAUGUUAACUUGUUAUUUUCCAAGUUCCCAGUUUAAUUUAAACUUACUCAGCACCUCAGUCGCUCCUACAAUGUGUAGUGUUGAAGUCCAAUGACUGCGGAGUGGUUCAGAUGUAAAUGGUGUGAGAACACAACUUCAUUACAUUUUCUUCCAGUUAAUAUGAGCUUACAUUCUGUUUUGAUGCACACUUGAGCCCAGCGGUCAGGGUGGUCGAUUAUGCUAUGGGGGAUGGCUUUGUUUGUUGAAAAGGGGUGGGUCCCCGCUCACCUCCCAUAUACACACUGUACAUAUAUCUUUCUAUUGUGUUAUUGACUGUACGUUUGUUUAUGUGUAACUCUGUGUUGUAGUUUUUGUCGCACUGCUUUGCUUUAUCUUGGCCAGGUCGCAGUUGUAAAAGAGAACUUGUUCUCAACUGGCCUACCUGGUUAAAUAAAGGUGAAAUAAAAUAAAUAAAUAAAUCCCUCUUCUAUAAGACCUUUAAGGUACAGCAAAUACAAAUGUUUCUUUUCUCUGUUUGAAAUGCUCUCUUCUGUAAAACUAAAAAUUAAGCAGAAUAAAUUGACUUUGACCAUUCCCUCA